UUCCCAAGUGCCUGCCCCGAGCCUCGCGUCCUAAGCCCCGCAGCUCCCGGCAAGAUGCGCCGCCUCCGCCGGAGCCCGGGAAGCGCUCGGGCGAAGAGGAGGAGCCAAGGGCACCGAGCGGGUGGAGUCCUGAGCUGGUGAGCGGUAGAGGCGGAUUUCCUGGGCCCGGCACUCUGGGGCUACCAUGGCGUUUGCCAAGGGUCACCGGGAUCCCUACGCGACCUCCGUGGGCCACCUGAUAGAAAAAGCUACAUUUGCUGGAGUUCAGACUGAAGAUUGGGGCCAGUUCAUGCACAUCUGUGACAUAAUUAACACUGCCCAGGAUGGACCAAAAGAUGCAGUAAAAGCUUUGAAGAAGAGGAUUUCCAAAAACUACAAUCAUAAAGAAAUCCAACUUACCUUAUCACUUAUUGACAUGUGCAUGCAGAACUGUGGUCCAAGUUUCCAGUCUUUGAUUGUGAAGAAGGAAUUUGUGAAAGAUGGUCUGGUUAAGCUACUGAAUCCCAGAUACACCUUGCCAUUAGAUAUUCAGAACAGAAUCUUGAAUUUCAUCAAGACCUGGUCACAGGGUUUCCCAGGAGGUGUGGAUGUAGGUGAAGUGAAAGAAGUGUAUCUCGACCUGCUAAAGAAAGGUGUUCACUUUCCUCCCUCAGAUGCAGAAGCUGAAACAGCACAACAGGAGCCGGCUCAGAUCUCAUCACACUCACCAGUAUCUGUCCCUUCCGCACCGGCUCUGCCUUCUGUCGUUGCUCCCAAGACCUCGACUAUUACAUUGGUCCCAGAACAGAUUGGAAAAUUGCUCAGUGAAUUAGAUAUGGUGAAAAUGAAUGUGAGAGUGAUGUCUGCCAUACUGAUGGAGAAUACUCCUGGAUCUGAAAACCAUGAAGACAUAGAACUUCUCCAGAAACUUUACAAGACGGGUCGGGAGAUGCAGGAAAGGAUCAUGGACCUGCUUGUGGUUGUGGAGAAUGAAGAUGUAACUGUUGAACUAAUUCAAGUGAAUGAGGAUUUGAAUAAUGUCAUCCUUGGAUAUGAGAGGUUUACUCGAAACCAGCAAAGGAUCUUGGAGCAAAAUGGAAACCAGAUGGAAGCCACCAAUACUACCAGUGAACCUUCUGCCCCAUCUCGUGAUCUCCUGGACCUAAGUCCCAGCCCUCCGAUGCCUAGGACCAUGCCAGGAGAGCUCAACACCGUGAAUGCUCAGCUUUCAGACUUAAGUUUCAGAUCUCCGAGUCCUGUUGUAACAAACAACGUGAAACCUAGUCUUUAUCCACAGAUGGAUUUGCUAGCUUCGGAAAAUACAGAAGUACCCCUGUUUACCCAAAGGACCAGCCAAAACCUCACCUCGAGGCAAACGUAUGAAAAUUUUUCAGAACAUUCGAAUUCAGUAUUACUACAGCCAGUCAGUCUACACAGUGCCACAGCAACACCAUCAACCCAGAGGCUGCCACGCUUGCCCAGCAAUCACCCAGCGAUGACAAAGAAUGAUCUCCAGCCACACAAUUACUACGAAGUAAUGGAGUUUGAUCCCUUAGCGCCUGCUGUCACUGAAGAAACUAUUUAUGAAGAAAUUGAUGCUCACCUCAAAGGAAAUCAGUCAUAGUAGCUGUUGAGGUGAAAGUGGAUGCCAACUCCCUAAAGGUAGACCCUGACUUUGAGGCAUGGAAGAAAGACCAACCAACAUGUCAAAGGCACAAUGCAACAUUUCUUCUCUGCUAUAAUGAAGUUUAAACAGAACAGUAACAGGUCUUGCUAGCAUUUUUGAUUCUUGACAACAGCUCAGGAUUUAUUUCAAUAGAACUUGGUUGUAGCAGAUACUCACUUAAAACCCAGUGGAAGAAAAUUACUGAGUGCUUAGGCCAGCCAGUUUAAUUUCAGUAUCUUGUUUCAUAGGCCUUCAUUUCGAAAAGAAAUCAUCACAUAGCUGUGAUAAGAGUAGAUGAAGAUGAUUUUACUACAGAUUAAUUCUGAAUAGAUGUAAGCUUGAAAUGUGAGACACUAAAUGUAUUAUUCAGGAAGAACACUGAGUGCCUUUAUUUACAUAAAAUUGAAUGUAAAACUCAAUUUGCACUACUUUAUAAAAACAAUACUUUUGUUUAUAAUUAUGAUUUGUAAAAAGUCUUGAUGAUUGUAGUUUAAUUACAUUUCAGGUAUCCUGAACAAGUCAAGCAGACUCUGCAUUGGGUGGUCUUUAAAUGUUAAAUGUUUUCUUUUUUCUUUCUUUUCUACUAUAAUGUAACAUUUCUAUUUGGAACAACUACUGGAAAAUAUUCAGAAUAAAUUGUACAUCUAUUUACACAAACUACAAUGACAAAUUACUAUUAAAAUAUUUUAAUACAUCUUUUUUUACAGAGUUUGUUCCCAGAAUUUUUGAUGACAGUAAAUCUUCAUAAUCCCACCCUUACAUUGGAACUAUGAUAGUUAAUGCUAGCAGCCUAGUAAAUGUGCAGUUGGACUUCAAAAGUACAUAGAAAAUGUGUAUUAUGAAAAUACUAUGCAUAGAUUUCAAAAGGUUCUUGCACCAAAAUAAACUCACACUUUAAUUCAUUUUUCAUGAACUUCUUGCAGUCCCUUCAUAUUUAUGCAUCUGAUUUCAAUUUCAUGAAAUCACAAUUCCAAAGUAAAUAACUGUUCAGUAUGCUCAAUAUAAGUAGCCCUAGACCUUGAAUUAAAAAAAAAAAAAA